AUGGCCCCGAGGAAGAGGAGCGGCCGGGGGAUCUCCUUCAUCUUCUGCUGCUUCCGCAGCAGCGACCACCCCGAGAUCACGUACCGGCUGCGCAAUGACAGCAGCUUCGCCCUGCAGACCAUGGAGCCCUCGCUGCCCAUGCCCCCGGUGGAGGAGCUGGAUGCCAUGUUCACCGAGCUGGUGGAUGAACUUGACCUCACAGACAAGCACAGAGAGGCCAUGUUUGCGCUGCCAGCAGAGAAGAAGUGGCAGAUCUACUGCAGCAAGAAGAAAGACCAGGAAGAAAAUAAAGGAGCCACCAGCUGGCCGGAGUUCUACAUCGAUCAGCUGAAUUCAAUGGCUGCUAGAAAGUCUCUGAUCGCCUUGGAGAAAGAAGACGAGGAGGAGAGAAAUAAAACAAUCGAAAGUUUGAAGACUGCACUGCGGACAAAACCAAUGAGGUUUGUGACCCGGUUCAUCGACCUGGAUGGCUUAUCAUGUAUCCUCAACUUUCUCAAAAGCAUGGACUAUGAGACAGCAGAGUCUCGAAUACAUACCUCGCUCAUUGGGUGUAUAAAAGCACUAAUGAACAACUCCCUGGGCCGGGCCCACGUCCUGGCCCACCUGGAGAGCAUUAACGUAAUCGCUCAGAGUCUGAGCACCGAGAAUAUUAAGACAAAGGUGGCAGUGCUGGAAAUCAUGGGCGCUGUGUGCCUGGUUCCUGGGGGCCACAAAAAGGUACUGGAGGCCAUGCUGCACUACCAGAAAUACGCCAGUGAAAGGACUCGUUUUCAGACGCUGAUCAACGACUUGGACAAGAGCACGGGCCGGUACCGAGAUGAAGUGAGCCUCAAGACAGCCAUCAUGUCCUUCAUCAACGCCGUCCUGAGUCAGGGGGCAGGCGUGGAAAGCCUGGAUUUCAGACUCCAUCUGAGAUACGAAUUCCUCAUGCUCGGCAUCCAGCCAGUCAUUGAUAAGCUAAGACAACAUGAAAAUUCUACCCUGGACCGGCACUUAGAUUUCUUCGAAAUGCUUAGAAAUGAAGAUGAGCUGGAGUUUGCCAAAAGAUUUGAACUGGUCCACAUUGACACCAAAAGUGCAACCCAGAUGUUCGAGCUGACGAGGAAGAGGCUGACGCACAGCGAGGCGUACCCGCACUUUAUGUCCAUCCUGCACCACUGUCUCCAGAUGCCUUAUAAAAGAAGUGGCAACACUGUCCAGUACUGGCUGCUGCUCGACAGGAUCGUGCAGCAGAUCGUCAUCCAGAGUGACAAAGGGCAGGACCCCGAUGCCACUCCCCUGGAAAACUUCAACAUUAAAAACGUUGUACGAAUGUUAGUCAAUGAAAAUGAGGUGAAACAGUGGAAAGAGCAAGCAGAGAAAAUGAGAAAAGAGCACACAGAGCUUCAGCAGAAGCUGGAGAAGAAGGAGCGGGAGUGUGAUGCCAAGGCCCAGGAGAAGGAGGAGAUGAUGCAGACACUGAACAAGAUGAAGGAAAAGCUGGAGAAGGAGUCCAGUGAGCACAAGCAGGUCAAGCAGCAAGUGGCAGAUCUCACAGCACAGCUCCACGAGAUGAGCAGGAGGGCCAUCUGUGCUGCCAGUCCUGGAGGACCUCCCAUGCCACCAGGAGCACCUGGUGGCCCUUCACCUUCUCCAACUCCCGGGUCUCUUCUUCCCCCUCCACCACCCCCACCUCUCCCAGGGGUAUGUCCCCCACCACCUCCCCCACCACCUCCUCCAGGUGGUCCCCCACCUCCCCCUGGACCCCCACCCCUGGGUGGGAUGAUGCCUCCCCCUGGACCACCUCUGGGCAUGGCCUUCAAGAAGAAGAGCAUCCCCCAGCCGACGAACGCCCUCAAGUCUUUCAACUGGUCCAAGCUUCCAGAGAACAAGCUGGCAGGCACCGUGUGGACCAACAUAGAUGACACAAAAGUGUUCAAAAUCUUGGACCUUGAAGACCUGGAAAGGACAUUCUCUGCCUACCAAAGACAGCAGGACUUCUUUGUGAAUGGUAGCUCCAGACAGAAGGAAGAUGCCAUCGACGACACUUUGAGUUCCCGGCACAAAGUCAAGGAGCUUUCAGUCAUAGACGGCCGGAGAGCUCAGAAUUGCAACAUCCUCCUCUCCAGGCUGAAACUCUCAAAUGAGGAGAUCAAACGAGCAAUUUUGACGAUGGAUGAGCAGGAGGACCUCCCAAAAGACAUGCUGGAACAGCUGCUGAAGUUUGUUCCUGAAAAGGGUGACAUUGACCUGCUGGAAGAGCACAAGCACGAGCUGGACCGCAUGGCCAAGGCUGACCGGUUCCUCUUCGAAAUGAGCAGAAUAAACCAUUAUCAGCAAAGGCUGCAGUCCCUCUACUUCAAGAAGAAGUUUGCAGAGAGAGUUGCAGAAGUCAAACCCAAGGUGGAAGCCAUCCGUGCUGGCUCCAAGGCAGUGCUGCAGAGCAGCAGCCUCCAGCAGCUCCUGGAGGUGGUCCUGGCCUUUGGGAACUACAUGAACAAGGGCCAGAGGGGCAACGCCUUCGGGUUUAAGAUCUCCAGCCUCAACAAGAUUGCGGACACCAAGUCCAGCAUUGACAAGAAUAUCACCCUGCUGCACUAUCUCAUCACUGUCGUGGAAAAGAAAUACCCCAAAGUCCUCCGCCUGCAUGAGGAGCUGAGAGACAUCCCACAGGCAGCCAAAGUCAACAUGACCGAGCUGGAGAAAGAAAUAAACACUCUGAGAAGCGGCCUGAGAGCAGUGGAGACUGAGUUAGACUUCCAGAAGUCUCAGGUUCAGCAGGCAGGUGACAAGUUUGUGUCUGUCGUCAGCCAGUUCAUCACAUUGGCCAGCUUCAGCUUCUCGGAUGUCGAAGAUCUCCUGAUGGAAGCAAAAGAGCUGUUUUCCAAGGCUGUGAAGCACUUUGGAGAAGACACAGACAAAAUGCAGCCUGACGAAUUCUUUGGCAUCUUUGACCAGUUCCUUCAAGCUGUGACCGAGGCCAAGCAGGAGAACGAGAACAUGAGGAAGAGGAAGGAGGAGGAGGAGCGCCGGGCACGCAUGGAGGCACAGCUGAAGGAGCAGCGGGAGCGGGAGCGCAAGGCCAGGAAGGCGAAGGAGACCGGGGAGGAGAGCGGUGAAUUUGAUGACCUGGUGUCAGCCCUGCGCUCGGGAGAAGUCUUUGACAAGGACCUGACCAAGCUGAAGCGGAACCGCAAGCGCAUCACCAGCCAGCUGGCGGAGAGCGGCCGCGAGAGGCCCGUCACCAAGCUCAACUUCUGAGAUACAAACUGACAGCAAAACCCGGCAAAAGACACGCGGGUCAGUCUUUCUGAAGUGGCUGUGGUUUUUGGAUUUUUUUUUUUUUGUCGUUUGUUUUUCCUUUGUUUCCAAUGACACUGCCUUGCGAUUCGAAGCGGAACAGUGGCACGCUCUUUGUCGUCGCGGGCGAGCGUGCGUGUGUGUGUAUAUACUGUGUAUAUAGUCGGGUCGGGGGGCGUGGAGGGAGGUGCGUGGGCAGCUCGUGGUGGUGAGCGCCAGCACCGCCUCCUCCCCGCUCCAAAAAGUAGUUC